ACUCUACAAUGUAUAUAAAGGCUGCAGGGCCAUAAUACGCUACUGAGGUUUUAUAGUGCAGCCAAAAUGGGAAAGAUCACCUUCUAUGAAGAUAAGCAUUUUAAAGGCAAAUCCUAUGAAUACCAUACAGACCAGCCUGACCUCCAUCCUCACUUCAGUCAUUGUAAAUCUAUCAAGGUAGAUGAUGGAUGCUGGAUUGUAUAUGAGCGGCCUAGUUACAUGGGAGAGCAGUACUUUCUGAAGAAUGGAGAAUAUCCAGACUUUCAGUGUUGGACAAGUCUCAGUGAUUCUGUUAAAUCUUGUCGGUUGGUACCAAAAUACAAUGGAAGCCAUCAGCUUAAGAUCUAUGAAAGAGAUGAAUUUAGAGGCCAGAUGAUGGAGUUUACAGAAGAUUGCCCCUCUGUGUAUGAUCGGUUCCUUUAUCAAAAUAUAUUUUCCUGCAGUGUACUGCAAGGUUACUGGAUCUUCUAUGAGCAGCCUUCUUACAAAGGAAGACAGUACUAUCUCAAACCUGGAGAAUACAGGAAGUUCAGUGAUUGGGGUGCUUCCGAUGCUAGAGUUGGAUCAUUCAGAAUGGUUGCGGAUACUUGCUAGUGCUACAUAUUUAACUUUGAAUAGGCAACAACCUUAUUUUGGCUGAUGUUUCAAAUAAAAAAAGAAACAUUGGAAGUUCCUAU